AGCGUCAAACAGGAAGACGCGAGGAAUCACUGAAUGCGCAGAUUCUCUGUACUCAAAUCCGCGGAUCACAGUCACGAUGUUUCGGCUUUGGCACACGUGUGCUCUCUUUUAUUUGCCCUUUUUAGGAAGCGCCGUUGAUUUUAAAACGCGGACCGGACCGAAAGUCACCGAGAAGGUGUUUUUUGACAUCACAGUAGGUGGGCAUGAGGUUGGCAGGAUCGUGAUUGGUCUGUUCGGGGAGGUCACUCCUCUGACUGUACAGAACUUUGUCACACUUGCCACAGGAGAGAAGGGUUACGGGUAUAAAGGCAGCAGGUUCCAUCGUGUUAUCAAAGAUUUCAUGAUUCAAGGAGGAGAUUUCACCACUGGAGACGGGACGGGCGGUAAAAGCAUCUAUGGCAACACAUUUGCUGAUGAGAACUUCAAGCUGAAGCACCUCGGUGCAGGUUGGGUCAGUAUGGCGAACGCCGGACCCGACACCAACGGCUCCCAGUUCUUCAUCACAUUAGCCAGAGCUCCAUGGCUAGAUGGCAAGCAUGUCGUUUUUGGCAAAGUCCUGGAGGGCAUGUCUGUUGUUCACACCAUUGAACUGCAGGACACAAACGAUCGGAACCUGCCGUACACCGAGUGUGUGAUCGUCAACAGUGGACAGAUUAAGGUCAAGGAGCCUUUUGUUGUUGAAGUGGAGGGCUGGUAAACAUCAAGAUGUACCUCCACAACACACAGUUCUCAAGUUAAAAUCAUCUAUCCUCAUCAGUAUGAUAUUGGUAACAGUAUUGCUGUCAGUGUUUUUAUGAUGUGUCCUCCCUCACAUGAUCAUUAGAUCUUCAGCACUAUGCAGACACAUCUACAGACAACUUUCAUAUCUCAUAUCAUAAAGAUAAUGUUACUCUGUGUGUACUCCAAUAACUGUAGCGCUUCCCACUGCUCGGCACUUUAGAACAGCACAGAUCAGUCAGAACUGUCACAAAUGGCAUUAAAUGUGUAUUACAGCAUACUUGAAUUUAGUUUGAAUUAUGGCUAUAAAUGUUGUUUGCAUUGAUCGUCUCUAUUAGAAUAAUCUUGUUGUAUUGUAAAAGAAGAGAUGCAAACUGGGAUCAUUUCUGUUGUUGUGUUGGUGUUCAAUAAUGAUUUGGAUUCAUUCGGUGUUUGAGAGUGUUUGAGAUUGUGGACUUUACUAACAGCAUAUCAAGCUGCAAGUUUUUAAAAGUUGAUAUAUUCACAAAAUCAUCAUGAGCUGUUCUCAAAAUAAAGCACUUCAAU